AUGCCAAGCCAGCGCAGACGUGGUGCCAGCUUUCGGGGAGUCUACUGCCCCGAUGCAUUCUCAGUGUGCCUCGAGGACUCUGUGACGGAGACGGCGGAGGUGUUUCGUCGCUCUCCAUCCAUCACGGCGAGGGGGGAGUACCUUGUCCCGGCGAAGCCGUCAGAGAUUAAGAAUCGCCUAACUGUGGUGCUCGACCUUGACGAAACACUCAUCUACGCGCGUCAAGGACCUCUCUACGUACGCCCUGGCAUGGAAACACUGAUGCGCUUCCUCGCCGACUACUGCGAGACAAUCGUGUGGACCUCCAGCAAGCACCGCUACGCAGACGCUGUCGUGGCGCAGAUUGACACGUGCGGCGCCGUUUGCCACACAGUGUACCGACACCGCCGAUGGUUCAACGGCACAUCGGCAACCAAGGAACUGCGCUUGCUCGGGCGAGACUUGGAGACGACGAUCAUAGUGGAGAACACCCCGGACUGCUGCCGCGGCUACGAGAGGAACGCUGUGCUCGUUGAGGACUACGAGGGUGGCGAGCUGGCAGAUCACACGCUGCACAUGCUGCUAGCUCUGCUGCGGGAUCUCGUCGAGCGCCACGAAAAAGAGGGGAUUACUGUGCCCGAAUACAUCGCCACGACGCCACGCCUUUCGCAACAGAACGUCUUGACGGAUAAGGGCACUGCGAUGCAGGCGUACUGCCUGCGCGGCGUCGAGGACGAGUGUGCCGUGCCACACUCGACGGUAUCCAAAUACCUGUCUGCGAGCUGCGACAACUUUUCCAGCGCCUUCCCCCGCCCUGCGCAGCAGCAGCCACGCAUGCGACCGGGGGGUUCACUGGGCACCAGGCGCCAGCAUGCCCGCCUGCAGCGAAUUGUGUACUAG